GGGGCGGGGCGGGGGUGCGGCGGGCCAGCCGGAGGGCGCCCGCCGCCGCGCAUCCCGUCCCUGGGGCUGAUCCCCGUGCAGACCCCAUUCACCCGUGUCGGCCCUCCGGCAGCCCUCUCUAGACUCACCGCUGCUGCUCGCUGUAUCUCGGGCGACAGCAGACUCCUUCCCAGAGCCUGCAAAGCCCCGCAUGAUCCUGCCGCGGUCUGCCUCUCCAACUCCAUUUCCUUCCCCUCUCGCUCGCUCUGCUCCGGCCACACUGGCUUCAUGAGUACCUCCAAAACCCCACACUCAUUGCUCUCAAGCGCCUAACCGGUCCCCUCUGUCCGUAGUGCUUUUCUCCCAGCUCUUUCCCAGCUGCUUUUCUCAUCCUUCAGGUCACAGCUCACAUGUCAUCGCCUCACGGAGGCCUUUGCUGAUCACCUUAGCUAAAAUAACUCUUCUUUUUCUGGGUUCUCUUCUAGUCGCUAUUCUAUUCGUUUCCUUCACGGCCCCUACCAUAGUUUCUAAUGAUUUUAUUAAUUUUAUUAAUUUGUUUCUUUGCUUAGUGUCCAGCUCCUCCAAUAAAACUGAAACCUCCCUGAGGGUAGGGACCAUGUCUGAUUGGUUUCCUGCAGCAUCCCUGGCACCUAAGACAGUGCCUCCCAGGAGGAGCAUUCAAUAAAUAUUUAUCCAGUGAUGGAAUCAAUGAAUUUAAUGAGUCUUUGGUCACACAGCCAACGGAACAGAUUGAACCCUGCCUCUUAUGCAGGGCUUUAGAGACUGGGCCACUGCAUGAUCCUCAGGCCAGCCAUGUGACUGCCUCCCUCCCCUGCGGGCAGCAGCAGAGCAGCUCCGACAGAAGGAUCUGAGGAUUUCCCAGCUGCAAGCCGAUCUCCGUCGCCCACCCCCUGCCCCUGCCCAGCCCCCUGAACCUGAGGCUCUGCCUACUAUCUAUGUUGUUACCCCCACCUAUGCCAGGUAUGGGCUCUGGUGCAGCCAAGAUCAGCAUGGACGGGGAGUCUGGGGUUGAUGAUGAGUUUGGUGAAGCACUGGGCCAGGGGAUAUUGUUCAAACUAGGACAUGCCAAAUUACAGGCUAAAUGAACCACAUCAUGACUCAGAGAUGUGUGGGAAAACGUUUUCCUAUUCAUACAGACAAGGGGGAGUUCCUGAAGUUGCUCCGCGACAACGAACCUGACUGGUAUCCAUGAGGACACAGGUUCAAUCCCUGGCCUCAGUGGGUUAAGGAUCUGGCGUUGCCAUGAGCUGUGGUGUGUAGGUCACAGGUGUGGCUCGGAUCCUACAUUGCUGUGACUGUGGUGUAGGCUGGCAGCUGCAGCUCCAAUUCAACCCCUAGCCUAGGAACUUCCAUAUGCCAAGGGUGCAGCCCUAGAAAGCAAAAUAAAUAAAUAAAUAUAUUCCUUUAAACAAUAAAAUAAAAUGUAGCUUUAUUGGUGAUACAAACCAACUGGGGGUGGCAGUUGGAUCUCUAGGUAAAAGAGCUUGCUAACACCUCCCUGGAAUCAGGUGGCUGACCACCUAGGCCUGGCAUCUCUAGACCAUCUCCCCCUGCCCCCGCCCACCAGCCCUGAAGGGGGCAGGCCCAUCAGAAGGGUAAAGAAGCCUGCAAGAGACUGGGCCCCACCUUCCCAGUUCCUGUCUAAACUCAGACCAGUUUUCCUCCUCUGAAGAGGAAUGAGCCGAGGGGCUACUCUAAACUCCUCACUGGAAACCCAAGAACAGGAGGCAAAGAACGCAGUCCUACUGAUAUUCUAAAUAGUCAUGAUUUUAUUUAAUCUUGUAAAACAACCUUGUUGUAAAGUACUAUUACUCCCAGAGUUCCUGUCGUGGCCAGCGGAAAUGAAUCUGACUAGUAUCCAUGAGGAUGCAGGUUCGAUCCCCAGCCUUGCUUAAUGGGUUAAGGAUCUGGUGUUGCUGUGAGCUGUGGUGUAGGUUGCAGAAACGGCUCAGAUCCUGUGGUGUAGGCUGGUAGCUACAGCUCCAAUUCGACCCCUAGCCUGGGAACCUCCGUGUGCCGCUGGUAUGGCCCCACCCCCCAAAAAAGUACUGUUACUCCCAUUUUACAGCCAAGGAAACUGAGGCUCGGGGAGAUGGAGCCAUUUCCCCGGCGUCUCACCUGACAAGGUACAAACAGAUCUGAUUUGAAAGCCUGUGCCCUUCGUUUAUAGUGUCCCACCAUCAGAGCCCCGGGGUUGAGGUGAGUGACAGGCAUGGAUUAGAAGAACAGGGGUUGGGAGUUCCCUCGUGGCCAGCGGUUAAGGAUUCAACAUUGUCACUGCCGUGUGACACGGGUUCAAUCCCUUGCCCCAGGAACUUCUGCAUUCCACAGGCAUAGCCAAAAAAGAGAGCAAGAAAGAGGGACAGGGCAGGUGAGUGUCAGCGUGAAGUUGACAGGCAAGCAGAGUUUGGGUACCGGCCAGGGAAAGGUCACGGGGGAUGCUAGGACUGGCCCAGGAGCAGCUCCGUGUACCCCCUGGAGAGGGCAGAUGGUGUCUACUCCUUUCCCUCCUGCUGCAUCUUUCCCCCUGCAGGCUGGUGCAGAAGGCAGAGCUGGUGCGGCUGUCCCAGACCCUGAGCCUGGUGCCCCGGCUGCACUGGCUGCUGGUGGAGGACGCUGAGGGCCCCACCCCAUUGGUCUCAGGGCUGCUGGCUGCCUCUGGCCUCCUCUUCACACAUCUGGCGGUCCUCACCCCCAAGGCCCAGCGGCUCCGGGAGGGCGAGCCAGGCUGGGUUCGCCCCCGAGGUGUAGAGCAACGGAACAGAGCCCUGGACUGGCUCCGCAGUGGAGGGGGCGCUGUGGGGGGAGAGAAAGACCCACCCCCACCAGGGACCCGGGGAGUCGUGUAUUUUGCUGACGAUGACAACACCUACAGCCGGGAGCUCUUUGAGGAGAUGCGCUGGACCCGUGGAGUCUCGGUGUGGCCCGUCGGGCUGGUGGGCGGCCUGCGAUUCGAGGGCCCUCGGGUGCAGGAUGGCCGGGUUGUGGGCUUCCACACGGCGUGGGAGCCCAACAGGCCCUUCCCGGUGGAUAUGGCGGGAUUUGCUGUCGCUCUGCCCUUGCUGUUGGCUAAGCCCAGUGCCCGCUUUGAUGCUGCUGCUCCUCGGGGCCACCUGGAGAGCAGCCUCCUCAGCCACCUCGUAGAUCCCAAGGACCUGGAGCCCCGCGCUGCCAACUGCACUCGGGUUCUGGUGUGGCACACAAGGACAGAGAAGCCCAAGAUGAAGCAGGAGGAGCAGCUACAGCGGCAGGGCCGAGGCUCAGACCCAGCUGUUGAGGUGUAACGGUGGUCCUGCCCUGCCCACCGCCUCAUCAGGCACAGACCCUUGGGACUGGGUCCCCAGCCUGGCUAGGAUGUGAUUUUUUCCAAGUCCUGACCCCUCAGAGCCAGGAACAGGCCCUCUGUCCCUUUAGCCCCAGGGCGGGGCCCGGCUGCUUCUCCCCUCCCCCAGCCUGCCAUGUGGCACUACCCACAGGCUAGGGACAAGCGGCCCUUGUGUUGAGCCAGACGGGCCCUCUCUGGGGCGGAGCAGAUGGACAGACAGACUCAGGAGGGAGGGCUGCUGAGUAACUGGGUAACUUAUUGGGGCUGGGCAUGCACUGGGGGGCUGGAGGAGCUGGGCUGGACCCUCCCUGCCUGAGCAUGCUGACCCCCUCCUACCUCCAGAAUAAAAACUCUCAACCUAGAGGGGUCUCUGUUUUC